AUGCAUCGAUCAACAAGCUAUUCGUCCACGGGCAGGCCAUCUGACGAGUUCUCAGUGAACUUCUCACCGGCCGCUUUGAAGGGUUUGGAUUCUAACGACUCGUUAACUGGUAACUACAGUACUAAUCACAACGUUAAUGGCGAACUCGUUUCGGAUGAUAUCUCUAAGAAGGAUAUUUCUUUGAGGCCUUCACCAGAAGCAGAAAAGGCUAUUCAUUUAAUCCCACUGGUUUUGUUGAUUUGUUUUUUGAUUCUUUAUCUGCUCUCAAGUCCUGUGACUCGUGACACCAAACCCCUGCAGUGA